AUGAAUGAAUUGCAGGAGGAUUUAAUUUUCAGUAUUUUUCUAAUGUGUUCCAAGACGAGGGAUGUUGCUAAUUUAUUACUGCUCAAUAGACAUUGGCUCGGAGUGGCUAGAUAUGAGGCUUUGUGGAGAAUGAGAUUUUCAUUCUUUUUACAAGAUCGGAUAGAAUUUGAAGAGGAGAAAUUAGAAAAUGAUGCAAAAGCCCUGAUGAAAAGUAAAACCAAGGGGAAAAUUAAAAAAUUAAAUGAUUUGAGAAGGAGUCAUGUUGAUGAAGCUGAAAAAUUAUAUCACAGAGAAAAAGUUUGUAAAUCGGAGGAGGGAUAUGAGGAUGUAAAUUUCUUUACAGGCUUUAGAUUUUAUUCAAUUUUCAAGAAGGAGGUUAAGGCAUUCUUGCUUGGGCGGAAUACUGAAAAAUUGACAAAUUUAAUGGAUCGAACAGUAGCUCCACAAUCAAAUUCUCAUUCUAAUUUAGCAGAAGUUAUUGUGCCAAUAACUGAAAAGUGGAAUAAUCUAAUAGAAUUUGUGGAGAAUAAUUUAAAACCUGACUGUGGAGAUGAGAUUUAUAUGGAUCAAAGAUAUUUAUUACAAAAAGGAUUUUCAGGAAAAUUUGCUGAUUCAUUCUCGAAAGAUUAUUCUUUCAUUAAAUGCAAAUUAGUGCGGCAAAUUAACCCAUCAAUAGAAGAAUCCGUGAAAGAGUUUUGGAAUUUGAAUAGACAAAUUAUUGAACCAGUUAGAAUACUUACUAGUGGAAAGAGAUUUAAAUAUCCUAUCAAUGGUUACUACUGUUUACAAGUUGCUGUUGAAACUAUGGAUUUUGAAUUGGUGAAAGGAAUUUUGGAUUUUCUGGUGGAGGAUUGUAAAAAAGCAGAAAAUGAACAACAAGUUACAAAUCCCUACCUAAAUCACAAGGAAAUAUUGAUCUUUGGAAUGAAGGUCAUGAGUGUUUUUUUGGACAAAUCAUACCCUGUUGAUGAAAUAAUGUACUACCUGAACUGCUUUAAUCAAUUAUUUCCUUCUUUUGUAUCAGAAGAGAAAAAGAAAAACAGCUUUACAUUCAAAUGUGAUGAAGAUGUGAUUGCUUUCUCGUUAAUUGAACAUGCUAACUAUGCAUUUAGAUUACAAUUUUCUUUAGAAUUAUUUGAAAAGGCAGUCUCAGAUUGGAGGUUCACUAAAGAAGGAGUGAAUUUAAUUGAGAAAUGCCAAAAUAAUCUUGAUGACAUUUUCAUGAGCCCAAAUCCGUUUGUUUCAUUUCGAAAACAUCACCUUACCGUUGAAAAUGUUAUUCAUAUUUUCGAGCUCUACGAAAAGACACAAAACAGGUGUAUGAUUACUGAUGAUAUCAUAUACCUGUUUGCAACUAGUAGAAACCUUGAUUUUGUAAAAUAUUUUUGUGAUGUAAGGGGGUUUAAAUUACCAAACAAGAUUCCCAAUAAGAUACCUCUCAUUUAUCAAUACCUUAAUGCAUCUUUUGAUAGUGGUGAACAAUUAUUGGAUACCAUAGAAUAUUUCAUUGAUAGAAUAGAUGAUGAAUUAUUUGAUGACCAAAUGUCAGAUAUUGUUGGUUCGAGUCCACUCCAAAGAAUUAUAAGUGCUGUGGUUUAUGACACCAUUCAAAACAAGGAAAAGUUAAUGAGGGUUUUGACAAAGUUAUUGGCUAGAAAACCAAAUGUUCAUACACAAAUUCAUGGAGUAUCAGCUCUUGACUAUAUUAACGUUCAUGUUGAUUAUCAGUAUAAGGAUGAUAUUUUACAAUUAUUUGAAAGCUAUGUACAACAGAAUCCUCACAAAGAACGGUAA